AUGUCUAACGCAGAACUCGCAAGCUCCUACGCGGCGUUGAUCCUCGCCGAUGACGGUGUCGAGAUCACUGCCGACAAAUUACAAACUCUCAUCAAGGCCGCCGGUAUUGAGGAUGUUGAGCCAAUCUGGACCUCAUUGUUCGCCAAGGCCCUCGAGGGAAAGGAUGUUAAGGACCUUUUGUUGAACGUUGGAUCCGGUGGUGGAGCCGCUCCAGCUUCCACUGGUGCCGCUGCCAGCGGUGACGCCUCUGCCCCAGCUGAGGAGAAGAAGGAAGAGAAAGAAGAGGCCAAGGAGGAGUCAGACGAGGAUAUGGGUUUCGGACUCUUCGAUUAA